AUGCUGAAGUGUGGAAGACGAAAAACAGGCAAGGUUCCUACAUAUGAAGGUAGAAUGAGGAUAAUUUUCGCUUUGGUGCUGAUCGCUCAACUAUCACAUCAACAAACAUAUAUCGAAAAUCCUACAUAUCCACCUCAUGGAUGCGAGAACUUCGGUGUUUGUUCUCAGCCUGUAGAAGAAUACGCAGGGUAUUUCUUCGGCGACGAGUACUAUUAUACAUGUGCUCCGGAACACUGUGUUUGUAACAAUGGAACGAGCGGUCCUGCCUGUACAACAAUCGAAGAUCUGUGCGUUACACUGAACCCUUGUCCCAGUGUCAAUGGAAGCAGAUACAAGUGUACAUCUGGCACUGGUACAUAUAAGUGUGAAUGCGCCGUUGGAUAUACAGGAGAGAAGUGCGACAAAGAUGCGAAAUCUAUUUGUAAAUGGGAUACAUGUCUGAAUGGAGGAACAUGUACCACAACUAACAAUAUCGUUUAUAAAUGCCUGUGUAAGCCAGAAUACAUAGGUUCGAGGUGUCAAAAUAAGAAUCCAUGCCUCUCGAAAACAUGCCUGAAUAAUGGCACUUGUGAGCCGAUAUUCGAUGGGGCGGAUUUUCGAUGCAAUUGUGGACCAUAUUAUCAGCAGGAAUAUUGUGCAUGGUCGAAACUGGUUUGGACACCGCCGCCAUUGGUUGAGCAAUGCCUUCUGUGGGUGACGUAUGCACGAGUAUCGGAAACACUGUUCUGUAUCCUUCUUACUCCUCCUCUUGCUCCAAACCGAAAUCCGAAAUUGGAGGACUUAGAAUUUGAAGUCUGA